GGGGCUUGACACAAACAUUUACAGAGUUCUACCCUAAUGUUGAACAUAGGUACUGCAUUAGGCACAUGUACUCAAAUUUCUCAAAAGUGUACAAGGGUAAAGAAUGGAAAGACCUAAUGUGGAAGGCUGCAUCAGUGUACACAGUUCAAGAGUUUGAGUACCAUAUGAAUGCCAUUAAAGAAAUUGAUGAGGGUGCAUAUGAGUACUUGAUGAGUGAAGACCCUAAGACAUGGGCUAGGUGCAUGUAUGGGUUAAUGUCAAAAUGCAAUAGAAUGGACAACAACACUAGUGAAGCUUUCAAUCAAACAAUCAAAGAUGCAAGGGAUGAACCAAUUCUGACCAUGUUGGAAAGUAUUAGAAGGUAUCUCGUGACAAGGUUGCAAAUUAGGAGGCAAAUGUGCAUGGGCUGGGAGGGUACCCUAUGUCCAAGGAUUAAGAGAAGGGUUGAGAAAACUUGUAAGCUGAUGGGGGAAUGCCAGGUUAUUUACAGUGGUGACAAGAUUUAUGAAGUAAUGACUGUACUUAGGACAUUUGUUGUGGACUUAAAUGAGAGAACCUGCACAUACAGGAAGUGGGAUGUGUGUGGGAUACCAUGUCAACAUGGAAUGGCAGCAAUCAUCACUGACAAAUCUAAUCCUGAAGACUUUGUUGAUGAGUGCUUCCAUAUUAGUACUUUUGCCAAGACAUACGACUUCACCAUCAAGCCAAUUCCUGACCAAACAAUGUGGGUUCGUAAGGACUUAGAUCCUAUAGAACCUCCUCUUUUUAGGGUCAAGAGUGGUAGACCAAGAAAGAAUAGGAGGAAAGGGCCUGAUGAACCAAAGAAUCCAAUAGGAGGUCCCUCAAAAGGAGUCAAAAAGUAUUACACAUGCCUCAAAUGUAGAAUUUGCAAGCAGCUAGGCCACAAUUCCAGGACAUGUCCUCAAAAACCAACAUCCACAACUGUUGAACAAGAAAUGGCAAUGGCAGAGGACUUGGAAAUGAUAAUGGUAGAGGAAAUGAUAAUUGCAGAAGAAAGAGGACUGGUUCCAUGCACAAGUACUGUAAGGGAAAAGGACAACAACACUGGGAGUGGUAGGGGAGCAAGAGGAAGGAAGACUGGUCCUAGUGGAGGAACAGGAACAUGAACAAGAGGUAGAGGAGGGAGAGGGAAGGUUGGUGGUAGAGGAGGUGGUGCAAAAAAAAUUGGUAGAGGUGGCACAAUGGUGGUUAGAGGGACUGGUAGGGGUGGUGACCCUGCUCCAAACAAAGGACAAGUGGUGGUUGGAGGUAGAGGAAGAGGGAGAGGUGGAAGCACUCCUGCACUUCCUGGAGUUGUUAUCAAAGAGAGAUGUCAACAAAAUGGUGGACGCAAUGGAAAAUGUCAAGAACCAACUAUUGGGAAAGGUAAAGCACCAGUUAUUGCAAAAGCCAAAGUGCCAAUUCCAAAGUUUGGAGGUGCAGGAACUGUUGCCCCAAGGGUUGGUCUACCAAACCCACAGGGAUGGAGGAGAUCCACUAGGUUAGGGAAUGCAGUUUUUUGGAGUCAGCCAUCAAGUUCUUCUGCUGCAUCGUGUGCAAGUGCUAGUGGAAGUGGCAGUGCCACAAUGCCAACGACUCCAAUCCCCAGGCUGGACUCCCAAGGAGUAACUUCAACCCCAAGUUCAACACGGAAAUCUGGAAUUUGAAUAUGGUUUAGGGAAUGGUUUAGUUAGGAUGAAAUUUCCCAAUGUGUAAUGGGUUUGUUGUACCUAAUGGAACAAGUACUUUAUUUUUGUUGGUUCCCAGUACUGACUGUAAAUAUUUGUGGUUUCCAAUACUUUAGCUUGGUUGCCAUGGCA